AUGGAGAACGUAAGAAGGAAUCGACGAUACUAUUUCGAUGAAGUUUCGUUCGAUAUUAUCUCAAGCAUUUUGUCAAGACUCCCAACAAAGACAUGCUUGAAUUGUAAGCUUGUUUGCAAGGAAUGGUAUGGAAUCAUCAUCAGUCCUGAAUUCGCCGAUGUACGUUCUUCUAAUUGCUCGUAUACGCCCAUAAUGCUCUACGGCGUGUUCGAGGAGAGGAUGGAAUUUAUGGUGCUCGACAUAGACAGGUACUCGAAGAAUGAUGUCAUUACAAGUGUCGAUGCUGUGGUCAGGUUCAGGCCUAGGCUCAGCCCUCGGUUAAGUGACAUCUACUACACCGUGGUUAACGAAUGCAACGGGUUGGUCCUCUUGACGUCGUGGAGGCAGUGGGAUGAUCCUGUCGUUAUAUGCAACCUUCUGACGGGCGAACAAGUCACUGUCGAGCAAAAUUCGAGACCUGGUAAUUAUUGGUCACUGGUCAAUUAUGGAUUGGGUUGCUGCACAGUUUCGAGGCAGUUUAAGGUCCUCAGAAUCCUCCAGAACGACAAGGAGGAUGACAAGUUUUUUGUGGCCGAUAUACAGACACUUGGUUCGAACGAAUGGAGGGCAGUCGAAGGUGACGCCUCGCUGAAUUUCAACACGCUCGGGAUAGGGGCCUUCCUCGAGAGCGGGGCCUUCCUGCACGGCUCGCUGCACAGGUACUCGAACAUGGACAACUCGAUAUGGUCUUUCCAUUUUAGUAAGGAGCAAUUUUGCCAAGUUCCGACACUGGAUAAGAUGAAGAGAGGGGGCUACAAAUGCCUGCAUGUUUUCGACAAUUCUUGCCUUGUUCUUACUUCCUUACACAAGUUAUUGGAUCGGUGCGUAGUUUGGAUCAUGAAAGAAUACGGUGUUAAGGAUUCUUGGGUGAAACUCUGCGUCGUCGAAACCCUGUAUUACUUAUCUGUUGUUCCUAUGCUCCGAAUGAGUAGCAGUCGUGAGAUAUUGUUUUCUCACUAUAAUGAAUUGUAUCUUCUUGAACCAUGUAGUGACUUUGCUGAUAUCAGAAGCUGGAAGAAGUUGAUGGAUUAUGAUGUUUGUAAUGGCUUCAAUGUGAUGGCACCAUGCCAUGUCAAAUUUUCCAAGUUUUCAAGAUAG